AAUAAAGAUGGCGGCGCCCUUAGAAGCAAUUCUCGCGAAACUUCUCCAACCAGACAAUGCUGUUAUUCAAGAGGCAACUCAGAGUCUAAGGGAGGCAUUUAAGGAUCCCUCUGCUCUCGGAUCUCUCUGCCAGGUGUUGGCGACAUCACAGACACCUCAGAUUCGACAAUAUGCAGCUGUUCUUUUGAGACGAAAAAUCCAGAAAUCAAAGCAAUGGAAGGCAUUGACAGAAGAUGUUCGCCAAAGUAUCCGAGACAACAUCCUGCAGCUUCUGGUACAGGAGUCUGAGAAGGGUGUGCGCAAUGCUGUAGCUCAGAUUGUGGGCACUGUAGCCAAACAUGACCUGGCCACCAACAGCUGGCCCCAGGUGUUCGACUUCAUGAUCACAACAACAAAGGACCCUGAUGUAGCCAAGAGGGAGCUUGGGGCGUUUGUUCUGUACACUGUUUGUUCUGUGGCUUGUGAGCAGCUCAAGCCACACCUACGGUCCGUCCUGCAGCUCCUCACAGAGCUGAUCAACGACUCACAGAGCCGACAGGUGCCCUACUACGCUGUCAGGUCUAUGACAGAGUUGGUGUUCUUCGUGGGAGAUGACGAGAGUAAAUUUAUUCAAUCAAGUGUACCUCGCGUUGUUCAGAUAGUGAGAGAGCUGGCCCUUCAAGAUGAGGACAAGGCGUGUGAGGUGAUGGAGCUGUUUGACGAGCUCCUGGAGACGGAAGUGGCCAUUAUCAUGCCGCAUAUACGUCUCAUCGUCGAGUUUAGCUUGGAGUUAGCAGCAAAUGGUGAACUGGGAGACAGCGUCCGGGUCAAGGGCAUGUCCUUCAUAAGUUCACUCACAAGACUCAAGAAGAAGGCCAUCAUGAAGCAGAAGCUUGUCCCAACCAUCCUCCAGGUGAUGUUCACUGUCAUGACAACCAUCGAGGAGGACGAUGACACUGAGGAAGAUGAGGAUGUGGAGUCACACUCACCUGGACAGUAUGCACCACAGAGUUCACGCGAUGGGGAGAGUCCAAGCAAGGUGGCCUCGCAGGUUAUCGACACGCUGGCUCUUCAUCUUCCUCCAGACAAGCUUGUCCCAGAAGUGAUGCCGCUAGUUGAGAGUGGUCUGGCCAGUGACAAGCCAGGGUUCCGGAAGGCUGCAUACAUCGCUAUGGCUGUCAUAGCUGAGGGCUGUGCUGACUACAUCAUGAACAAGCACCUGAAUGCCAUCCUGCAGUGUGUGUGUAAAGGCCUGAAUGAUCCCGACCCCAUUGUCAGAAACUCAGCACUGUUUGCCCUGGGACAGUUCUCCGAGCAUCUACAGCCGAACAUCAGCAAGUUUGCCUCGGAGUUACUUCCCCUGUUGUUCCAGUAUCUAGGGCGGGCUACCCAGGAGGCUGACAAGAACCCUAAGGGUCUCACCAAAAGUUACUACGCUCUGGAAAUGUUUAUUGAAAAUCUAGAAAAAGAAAUCCUUCCAUUCCUGCCAAACCUGAUGGAGCACCUGUUGAUGGUGCUGAAGAGUUCCCCGUCAAUGAGAGCCAAGGAGCUGGCCAUCAGUGCACUGGGAGCUGCAGCUCUGGCCGCUAAGGAAGGUCUGGUGCCAUACUUCCAGGAAGUGAUGGAUCACUUCAAAGUGUACCUCACUGCCGUCGACAACGAGGACAUGAGGAAACUACAGAUACAGACUAUAGAUACCCUUGGAGUGCUUGCGCGGAGUGUCGGUGACGAGACCUUCCUGCCUCUGUGUAAAGAGUGUAUACAAUUUGGUAUCAACCUGCUGGAGAAUGCUGAUGACCCAGAUGUCCGACGUUGUGUCUACAGCCUGUUUGCUGCUGUGUCCAACCUGUUGAAGGAGGAGAUGGGCUCCUAUCUGGCCAAGAUAGUGCACUACAUGUUGCUCUCUGUCAAGUCCAAUGAGGGCGUUACGCCUCAUUUCAAAGAGGAGGCAGAGCAAGUGGCCAUAUUCAAUGAUGGUGAUUUCCAGGAUGAAGAAGACAUAGGGGAUGACGAUGAAGAGGAUGAUGAUAAUAACAAAAUUGAUGGCAUCAGUGUGGAGAACUCCUACCUGGACGAGAAAGAAGACGCGUGCACAUCUCUUGGGGAGCUGGCCGUCAACUGUGGGUCUGUGUUCCUGCCCUACCUGGAGACCAGUUACACAGAGGUCCUCGGCCUGAUAGAGUUCCCCGCCCCGGGGGUAAAGAAAGGCGCCAUCUCCUCCCUGUCUCAGUUUUGUCUGUGUGUCUUCCAGGUGUUCACCGAGACACAGUCACCCGAGACAAAAACAGCACUGAGCUCCAUGAUGCCGGCAGUCAUCCAGAAGCUACUGGAGGUAGUCAAGACGGACAUGGACCGCACGGUUGUCAUGGCGGCAGUGGAUGCUCUGCACGACAUGCUGGAGAAGAUAGGGGAGCCAGUGCUGAGUGAGUCUGGCUCCACUGAUGCUAUACUCACAACCGUAAAGGAGAUCUUUACACACAAGCUGGCAUGUCAGGAUCAGGAGGAUGAAGAUGAUGAUGAAACCCAGGCGGAAUAUGACGGGAUGCUGAUCGAAUCUGCGGGGGAUGUGUUGCCGGUGAUGGCGAGGCUUCUGGGAGGUCAACAGUUCCUCCCAUUCUUCAGCAGCUUCCUCACUGACCUCCUCAAAAGACUGAAAGAGACAAGCUCCACAUCAGAAAAGUCGUUUGCAGUCGGGACUCUUGCCGAAACAAUCGAAGCAUGUGGUCCUACCUCAGUAGCCUUCGUGGACACAUUGUAUCCAGUGUUCGUGAGGAUGAUACGUGAGGAGGAUGACGAAGUCCGCAGUAACGCGGUGUACGCUCUGGGCGUGCUGGCCAUGUACGGGGGAGAGAAGAUGCAGGUCCAGUACAAGGACAUCCUGAAGAUGUUGUUUGACAUCCUGAACAAGGAGACUAACGGCCGCGUCAUGGACAACAUCGCUGCUGCCAGCUGCCGCCUCAUUAUGGCCAACAAGGAUCAAGUUCCUCUUGAACAUGUGGUGCCGGUGAUCGUGCAGUGUCUGCCGCUCAAGGAGGACAUGGAGGAGUGGACCACCAUCUUCACCUGCCUGCUGCAGCUCUACAGCCACGGCAGCGAACAUGUGAUAAAGCUCCUUCCACAAAUACUGAAGUUGAUCGCCAGCAUACUCGGUUCAGACACUGUCAAACAAGACAUCCAGCAACUGUUGGUACAGUUUGUCCAGACCGUGGCUUCAGCCUACCCUGCUGUAUUCACUGAGGUCAAGACCAGUGUUGGACCAGAGCAAGCCAACAAACUUGACAUGUGUGUUGCCAUGGUAGCAGGAUCACCAACAGGAUGAAAGCCAUCUUGUUUCAAAACUUUUAUUCCCGCUCAAGCCUUGUGCCUAUGCAGUUCCUAUUUUAGUCUUGGAAAACAUUCAUAACUUGUCUAUGAUACGGCUAGCAUCUGAAAUAUUGUUGAACAGCCGCUGUGGUUGUUGGGAGAGAGUUGUGUGGUGCUUCAAGCUGCUUGUAAUAUCCGGCCAGUUUUUGUUAUGGCCUUGUAAGCAUGUUGAAAUAUCAACCUUUGCCGUGACGUCAAGUGAUAAUGAAUUGUUAUUACCUUGUGAAAGUCAGUGAUGAUGUUCGUGAAACCAUGACAAUCUUCUAGUCAAGAUCACUGUAUUAAGUUGAAAAUGAUAUAUUAACGGUAUUUUUUCUUUCCGCUUAACAUUUAGUAAUUUGGUAGAAACCAUUUUGUGUUACAUCAUGGAGAAAAGUUAUGUUUUAAGUUCUUGUAGAUAUAUAUGUGACCUAAAAUUGCUGAGUGUCUGUGAUAAGAAGUCUCAGACACUGUAUAACGUGACAAUCUGUUGUGAACCAAACCAUGGGAACACCUGAGGUAGCAGUGUAUAUGGUUGUUUUUACCUGUGGCUAUUUUUCGGUUUAGUUUAUGAGACAUUGACAAUAGGAAAUAAAAUUAAAAUUGUAAUCAUCACUCUGGUGAUGUUUUAUUGCAAAUUUCAUAUUUUCAUCGACCAAUUAUUUUUGUUCUGUUCGUUCACCUGAGAGAUGGUAGUGUUUGCCUGCGCACAACACACCAAAUAGCAAUUUUUCCAAAACUUGUACCCAUGACUGUGGGGUGCGCAUUAUUCUCAAGUGUCCCUGACAUUUCACAACUAGAUUAACAAAAUAUUGAAGUUUCUUUAUAUUUGGCUAAAGCUUGAACAUUAUGACAGCAGCAAUGCAUGAUUUGUAGCGUGUCUGUGUUACUGAACAUAAUCCAAAACCACGUCUAUUUGACAUAUCUGUACGAGCCUAACCCAUGGUUUCCAUACAGUGACAACUAUAAUCUGAUCAAGUAGAGGCUUUGAUCUGUAUGCAGUUGGUUAUGCAUGUUCAUCCGGCUAUAUUAAGAAGAUAUGUUGGUGAAAAGUUAAACUGAAAACACUUGAAGACCAAAUACAACACGGAUGUUUUUGUUUGCUUAUCAAACAUCAGAGAAUUAACUUUUCUUCUGCUUUUAGACCAGGGCCCACUUGCACAAAGUGAUCUUAGCUCCUAUACAUUCAUAUAGGCUUACGAUAGUCUUAGCGCUAAGAUCGUUUUGUGAAGGUGGGCCCAGAAGUGCAAAUUCUGAACUUGCCAGCUCACUUUUCAUCCAAUUGAAUGAGAAGCAGUGUGUUGCUUUACCAUGUUUACAGAAAAACAGUUGGAGUCUUAGGGAGCACUCCAAAAGUUCAAUGUUGGAUCAAUAUUUGAGUUUAGGGAGGGGGUGGGGAGGGGAGAUGGGUAAACAGGUUCUCCAUCCGACAAAAUCUCAGGCUUGUUACAGUUGAUACAUUUUCACACUAAAUAUCAGCUAGAAUAGUUAUCUUUGAAAGGGAUCAGCUACUCCGCUAAGGUAAAUGAGUUCAGUGGCCUGUAUAUGUUAACUCAAAAGCUCUACCGGGGUGUUCGCAUAGGCUUGUGGUUAAAGCGAUCGCUUGUCUAGACGAAGACCCGGGUUUGAUUCCAGACAUGGGUACAAUGUGUGAAGCCUGUUUCUGGUCCAGUCGUGAUAUUGCUGGAUAUUGCUAAAAGCAGCAUAAACUAUUCUCAAUCACUCACUCAAAAGCUCUACCGCACCCACAUUUAUAAGAAUAUUGAGCAUUAGGGGUCACUUGGCACAUGCUGUUAGGAGUUCUUGGUAACACAUCUGGUCUUUGGGGAUGUCAUUAAGUUCACAAUUGGGGAUCUUGAAACCUAUUUCCCAUACUCUUAACUUUCCUAUUGGUCCUUUAAUGGUAACAAAUAGAAGAUACAUGGUUGUACAUGAUUCCGGAUAUUGGGACCGGGAAAUAUUCCAAUCUAUCCAUUCCAUGAUCUGUUGAUUGUGUUUUGUCCUGUUCAGUAUUCAGGUGUCCGGGACCCUGUCUGACUGGUUCUGUGCUGAUGUUCCGUAUCCACCCAGGCAACAGAAGUCAAGUAGAAAUCUGGGUUAUCAUACAACCAACAUGGUGCUUAAAUAUCAAAAAAUAAUUUCAAAAGGUCAACAAUUUGAUCAAUCAAACAGUCAAUACUGUCAAACAAUUAGACAGUACAGUAUUCACAGUGUAACUGACUGUUAUAAUUAACAGAGGCUCAUAUGACUGUCCUGCAUUAGAACCAGUCACAACUUUAGACUGGUUUUAUUGGCAGCUCGGGAUCGGAUGGUCAGGCUCGCUGACUUGGUUCAUGCAUAUCAUUGAUCCCAAUUGCGUGGAUCUAUGCUCAUGAUAUUAAUCACUGGAUUGUCUGGUCCAGACUAGAUUAUUUACAGACCGCCGUCAUAUAGCUGGAAUAUUGCUGAGUGCGGUGUUAAACAGCAAACAAACCAAAAUCAUUAUCAGCUGCCUGUCUUCUGUGAAGUAGACUAGGCAACUGUCUGUAUGCAGCUAAUGUUGGAACCAGUCGUCUGGGCAACUGUCUGUAUGCAGCUAAUGUUGGAACCAGUCGUCUGGGCAACUGUCUGUAUGCAGCUAAUGUUGGAACCAGUCGUCUGGGCAACUGUCUGUAUGCAGCUAAUGUUGGAACCAGUCGUCUGGGUAACUGUCUGUAUGUAAAGCGGGUACUAGUAGACAGGGUAACUGUAUGUAACUGAUGCUGUACUGGUUUUGUGCAAAAUGUUGAAUAUAUUUGUUCUCUACUGACUGCAGUAUUAAACCCUAUAAUCAUAUACUCAACUUUAGAUUCGGAUAAUGACAUACGGAAGCUAAUUGGCCAAUAACUUACAAAUUAAUCAAUCAAAAUAUCCCUAUCAAUAUCAGUAAUGUGUAAGACUUUCUUAAUACACCCUCUUCAUCUUUUUGCUUAUUUCUAGAACUAGUCCUGCUAGUAGCAUCGUGACUUACAUUUUGGCGUUCCUUUAGAAUUCAGCACCACAAACUUCACAAACAUAUCACAAUUACUAUCUUCCCGAGGCAAGGGAGUUAAAUGACUGUAAAAGUCUGGUUUCCACCCUUACCUAACUAGGCUGGAAUUUCCACCAGUGGCUAUUAUGAGUUAUGUCCCUUCUGUGUCUCUCCUAUUGACCAAUCAGAUUCCACCUCUCAUAUCACUUGCAUUUGCUUCAAACAAAAUGGUGGUGCCUAGUCAAGGCGAUCUGAUCAGUAAUACAAAUCGUUUUUGUAAUAUAAAGGAUCUUUCUUUGCAAAGUGCAUCCAGUCACGUGAGUGCCUUGAUUAAAAACAUUUGGAAAAUAUCUGUUGAUGCCAAGCUGGCAUUACACAUGCAUGGCAGUUUAUGAACCAGAUGUCAAUUUCAUAACGCAGUUUCCAUUGGUCUAUGCAUAGACUCUUUAGUCCAGCCAAAAUAUGACUCCAUAAUUGCAGCCUAGUUUGGUGGAAACUGGAUUUUUAUAGCCAGUUAACUCUCUUGCCUUGGGAUGAUGCACAAUUACCCUAUAAUGUAACUUUUGAAAUGUUGCCAGAUAUAGUGGCGAAACAAUGCCCUGUGAAAUCAGGCUAGCAACAGUCUCGUAUGAGAUCUUUUCAGUAAUGUAUCAUUUCUACACGCCAUGUCAUUGAAUAAGAGAGUCCAACAGAUUCCCUCAAAAUCUGGUUACUUUUCUCACUGGCGUGCGACCUAUGGCAAAGAAUGUCCUAAUGGGCAGUUGUGGUACUGAAUUGUAAAGCUGCUCCAAAAUAUUAAAUCAACAACGUAUGUAUGCUCUUAAGCUUGCCAAGGGUAGUAGAUUUUAGGGAGAUGUUGGGAGCAUGACCAGGUUCCCUGUAGUGGGUGUUGGUUUGUUCAGAUUGUUGUUUGGUGAUUGUUGAAAUGCUGUACAGUUAGACAAUUUGAUUAAUGUAAAUGUUCUUAUUCAGUUUUCUUUGAAAUCUUGCAAAAUCAUUAGUUGUAGGUUGUUAAAGUGUUCACCAUGUUUAUUUGCAGUGUUUUUAAGUCAAUUUGCCCUCCUGACUGACAUUUUGAUGGAUGUUUGACAGAAAAUAGUUCCGGGCCCGACAACAACUAAUUUAAAGAUGCCUGAACUAUUUUCAUCAAGACAUCCAUGCUAUGUUAACAAUUUCAGAUUAAUAUGAAAGAAAUGAAUUUUACCAGGAACUAUAUUCAUUGUAUGAAAUUUCCUCUGUUGGCAGAGAUGUCUGCUUAUCAUGUUUAUGGACAAAUAGAUCAUGAUAAUUGAUACUGUUAGUGAUGAGAAUUGCAUUGAUGACCAAGGGACUGACCAUUGUAUGUUGAAGGGGAUGGUGCUGAAGGCUGUAGUUCUUUACACAUGUAUUUGUCGACGGAGACACAAUUUGUUUUUUAUUCCUAAGGCUAAACAAAAUAAUAGUCUUGGUUUUCAGACACUGCCCACACCAUCAUAAUGUCUGCCACAUGUUUCAUAUGAAUUCCAUUUUCAAAAAAAAAUCAAAAUAUCCUAAUCCUUAAAAACAAUGUGAUCCAAUAUAGCAUGCAGUUACUUCCUAGUUUAAACCAAAAAAAACACGGCCCGCCCACACUAUUUUUCAAAAGUCGAUGCCGGAGAACUAAUUCUUUUCUUUUUUUUUAAGCCUACAAGAUAUGUUUUCAUCUGUUGUUUAUUUUCGUGCAGAAAUGGAACACAUUUACUUUUCACCAGUUUCUGACUGCCAUUCCCCUUGAAGAUAAGUCGUCAGUCCUUCAGAAUGUUGAACUGUACUUCUCUGCAUGUACUUAAGAGUAUGUCAUUGAUUAUGAUAUAGCGCUGAGACAUUAUUUCGUGAUGAUAAAUUGGGAAAAAAAGAACCUUGUCAAAAUGUAAUGAACAACAACCAAAUUUUCAGAGUUAUUCAUUGCUGUUUUCUGGCAUUGUUGUUGUUUUGUAUUUUAUGAGAAUGUUACCAUGGUUACAGUGCAAUAUUUUCUUUUUCACAUUGGAUUUCUCCAUUUCGACUUUGCCAUGAAUGUGAAUUAAUUGCCUUUAAAGUGUUCAGAACUUUUUCUUGAAUGUUGUAAACUAUCUGUAGCAUGAAAGACGACCAGUCAUUCCCUUUGAUGACACGACAAGGCUUCAUAAUAUUACAAUUGUCAACUUUCCGUGUGUCAUAUCACAACCUUUCUAUAGAAAUGGGGGGACAUUCGUCUUUUGCGCCACAAUUCGUUGUAGGGAGUUGUGUCCCUUAAACCUAUGAUCGUGGGUUUGAAUCCCGCGAAUCCCCAAUUGUUUCCUGGUUUGCCAGCACCAUUCCUGUGGGUUUCAGUGGUAAACAUCUGAGACACAAUUUGCUGUGCAGGAUUAAGUGAGAAGAGGUUCAAAUCCUGGAUUCUCUCCGAUUGUGGACUUUGGAUUAGCGCUGAAACAUGUUGAUUUAACAGAAAUACUGUUCAAAAUGGUGUUGAGCCCAUGAGGCGCACUCAUUCACACAAGAAUGAAUAAAUAGUUAACAUUUCAUUGGCUAUCCAAGCAAGUAUUUUUGCAUUUAUUUUUUGAUAGAGAGAAAAAACAUAGGCCACACCUAGCUGUUUUCUGUUUAGUGAUUGGCUGAUAACAGAAUGGGCAGUUUUUUUCCCUGUUGCAUUAUUCCGCUAAACAAAGUCACCGAUUUUGUAGUGUUGCCUACAGGGUUUUUUUCUGUUGCAGAUUUACACAGUAUGCCAAUCUCAAUGAAAUCAGACCUUCAUUCUUGCUACUGCUAUCAGAUCUGAUUAAUGAGAUUGCACACCGUUUUUAACAUUGAUACCUGCAUAAACGUAAAAAUAUCGAUGUCAAUAUUUCUUUUAAAAAUAGUUCUUUCUAGUUUGUAAGUAUUGAUAACUAGGUUGUUACAUGGACGCCGAACAUGAACUUUCAGCGGGUAAAACUCUGUACCGCUGAUAGUAGCUCACUCACAGUGCCUGGGCUUGUGGGCAGCAUGUUGGGCAGAAACCAUACUCACUCACUCACUCACAGACUACACAUGGCCCCAAUGGCAGAAGAGGUCACUAUGAAGUAUUAUCUCUCCUGAUACAGCUAUGUGACAGUCUCUGGCCCAGUUUCCACAAAGUGCAACUAUUGUAGCUCUUAAACCGUAGCAGACCAUAGAUCCGGGGUGGAAUAGGUCUUCAGCAACCCAUGCUUGCCGUAAAAGGCGACUAUGCUUGUUGUAAGAGGCGACAUGGUUGAUACAUGUCAUCGUAUCCCAAUUGCAUGGAUCGAUGCUCAUGAUGUCAAUCACUGUAUUAUCUGGUCCAGACUCGAUUAUUUACUUCUGAAUAUUGCUGAGUGUGACGUUAAACAACAAACAAACAAAGAAAACAAACUUAAACUGUAGCACAGACUGGCAAUAGUCAUUGUGCUAAUAUUGCUGUGCAGCCCUUUAGUGUGUGGUUAACAGACAUCCUGUACACACCUGUACGGGCAGAAACCAUACUCACUCACUCACUCACAGACUACACAUGGCCCCAAUGGCAGAAGAGGUCACUAUGAAGUAUUAUCUCUCCUGAUACAGCUAUGUGACAGUCUCUGGCCCAGUUUCCACAAAGUGCAACUAUUGUAGCUCUUAAACCAUAGCAGACCAUAGAUCCGGGGUGGAAUAGGUCUUCAGCAACCCAUGCUUGCCGUAAAAGGCGACUAUGCUUGUUGUAAGAGGCGACUUGGUUGAUACAUGUCAUCGUAUCCCAAUUGCAUGGAUCGAUGCUCAUGAUGUCAAUCACUGUAUUAUCUGGUCCAGACUCGAUUAUUUACUUCUGAAUAUUGCUGAAUGUGACGUUAAACAACAACAAACAAACAAACAAACAAAACAAACUUAAACUGUAGCACAGACUGGCAAUAGUCAUUGUGCUAAUAUUGCUGUGCAGCCCUUUAGUGUGUGGUUAACAGACAUCCUGUACACACCUGUACGUGCACAUCCUUGUAUGAUGCAUGCUGAACCUGUGUAGGUGCAUGAUACUUGGAAAGAAACGUGAGAGAUUAUUACGGCUUAGUUGUCCUGUUUUCAUGCUAGAGUUUGUUACAUCCAAAGAGAAAGUUCUGAAAACUAUUUUCAGUCAAUAAAUUGUGAUGAAGCUGA